AGAGGAAUAAGUAGGGCCUAAUUAGUUUUUAGCAGACUUGUGCAAAAUGUCUCUGGAGAGACAAACAAAAACGCAUGGAGUCUGACAUACUACUGUACGAGUUAAGGAGACGAUGGUGCUCUCCCUGGUGCUCUCCUCCUCAGGUCAACAUGUUCAACCUCAUGAGCAAUUGCUGCAGCUGGGUGUCCAAACUCCAGCAGCCACUGAGGAAGAUCACGGUUCUAGUGGUUGGUUUGGACAAGGCUGGAAAAACAUCUUGUAUCAGAGGGAUGUUGAGAGUGCCCCCUGGAGAUGUUGGUCCCACUCAUGGAUGUGUCCGCACCGAAUUAAGGCUGGAGAACUACUUGGUUAAUAUACUGGAUAUAGGAGGGGCUCCUGAGGUUCGGGGGUCCUGGAGAGAGCAUUACGGUGAAGCUCACGGCAUCAUCUUUGUUGUGGAUUCCAGUGACAGACAACGAAUGAAAGAGGUCAAAGAAGCUCUGGUGGACUUGCUGAAGCAUCCAAGAGUUGCAGGAAAACCUCUUCUUGUGCUGGCAAAUAAACAAGACAAAAUGAAUGCUCUGCUGGGAAAUGAACUCAUUGAAAUUCUGUCCCUAGAGAGGUUGGUCAACCAAAGCCGGUCGCUUUGCCACAUUGAGCCAUGUUCUGCCUCAAUGGACCUGCGUCGCUGGUCAGACAGAAAGACCCUGCGGGGUCUCAGAUGGCUACUGCGAGCCGUGUGCCUGGACUACCCUGACCUCUGUGCCCGUGUGAUGAGAGAUGGGAGGCGGCCAUUAGGGCCAGAAGAAAAAGAAAGAAGAGGGAAAAUAGAGAAGAGCCGGAACAAAUCUAAAGAGGAAAAAACACGAACAAGCAAAACUGAUAUCCGUCAAGAACAGCGCAAUGAAACUGUGAGGAAAAAGGGAACUCUGCAACCCAUCAAAAAUAUUCUAAAUAAGGAGAACACUUUAAAAACUAAAUUAAGCAAAAAGAAGAAGGUAAAGGUUAAAAUUAAGAAGCAGAGUCCAAGCAGAGGAGUAAACGAAGAAGAGGUGGAGGAGACAGAAGGAAAUGAAGCAGAACACGAUCACAGCAACCAGAAAGAUAAAGCCAGCAGUGCAUUACUGUCUCCAAAACGAAGGAAAAUGAAACGCAAAGCCAAAGUAAAAGAAGAGAACUCAGGUCUACCAGAGUCUCCCAGCAGCGAAGUCUCCAAAGCCUCUAGAGGAAAAGAGGAAAGAAAGAGAAAAAAGAAGAUCGUUAAUGUGAAACGAAAGAACAAGAUAAACACAGAGGAAGUUCCGGCAGCUUACGCACAACCUGUUGAUCUUUCAAAUACUUUCGACCUUUACCGAAAAGCAAUUUUGGCUCUCAAAGCCCGACAGGAACACGACAUGGUUUCGGGAUAGUAAAGAAAAAAGAUUGUGGAUGUCAUCACACAGAAAGAAGAUCUUUGAAGAAAUGGAUGAACCACUUAUCGAUGUCUUUUACCCAAACAGAAGUCUACUAUCAGUGACUGCGAACAGAAGUUACAGUUUUGUAAUGCCUAGAAUGUCAUCGUCAAUACUGUAAAGACUUUUUAAGGCAAUUUUCAUAAAAAUGUGUAUACUUUGUAUUGUACUUAAGAGAUUAUUGAGAAAUGACUGAGAAAGAAUUAUACUGAAAAUGGGACAUCCUUUCAAGAAGGUUUGUCGUGAAAAAAGACUAGCCUUCUUAUGAAAAUGACUGUGUACUGAACGAUUUUUGUAUUAUAACUUACUCACGUAGCCUAAGACAAUAUAGACGAGUCAGGAUGGUUUAUCAUGAAGUAUAUUGCAUUCACUGUAUUUAUCUUUGAAUCUGAGAUGUUUUUACAGGUUUGAAUAAGAUGCCUACCUUUUUUUUUAAAUUUUAUUCAUUUUACUUUUUAUCGGUGUGUGAUGGUUUUAUAUGGAGAGAAAUUUGCAUGAUGGGAUACCUAUUGCUCAAAACGAUUGUCCCUGAUGUUUUUCGACCAAAUAAAUGAACAAA